AUGUUAGACAGGACUUACGAAGCCCGCCGGAGAAGUCAGCUCUUUUCACGGAAGCCAUGGGAAUUUCGUCUCUUAAAUAUGUAUGCGCUGGCGCUCGGAUAUCUGGUGGCGAUUCAUCGCAGCCGCAUCGGUCCUUUUUAGCUUCUCGUGUUUUGCAUGCUUUUAGUUCGUUCGUUUUGCAAGCGCUCUACCUAGUUUCAAUGGAUAAUUACGAAGACGAUUUUCAGAGCACGCCAACUGGCAAAGUCUCAAAGGCGAAGAAGGGAAAGCCAGUCCACGUGUGUUCCGAAUGUCAAAAGGUCUACACUCGAGCUGAGCAUUUGAGGUACAACUUCUACACUUACACUCGAGACGAAGACAGUAUGCUCACACUUGAAAGGCGACAUCAGUCUUCACACCAAGAACCCCAGUUCGAAUGCCCUGUAUGUCAAAGACGUUUCCAUCGCAAGGAUCUACUAGAGAGGCACUACAAACGGUGAGUUGAAAAGUCUCUGUGACCAAGAAACGCUCCUGACGAUAAUCUGCCUAAGACAUGAAGAAGGAAUCGAUGACCCUUCUGGCUCUGGAUACAUGGAGUAGGCGUAUGACGCUGAAGGAGUUUGGGGAUUUGUUUCAUUAUACACUCGUUAUCGGCAGUAAAGUACACGAAUGAGGCAACGAGAAAUAGAUGGAUGUAAUUUUAUGAGGGACGAUGGUGGGUAAAUAUCUAUGGAUUGAAUGUUGGUAUAGAGAGUAGAUAAACUGUAUAUACAAGUCAGUCUCAAUGACUUGGAAUCUGGUGGUCAUAUGUG